CUUGUGCUUGUGGCCUUUGCUUGGAAGUUGCUUGGGUCUUGAGAACAAACUAAACAGCUUCAUAGCUGUGGUUAGUUCUUCCUCAUUUCCUUGAAAUGUUUCUUCAGCUUGACAGUGGAACUCUCCUUGGCCUCUGCUAGUCAUUUUACAAUGUCUCGUUUUUCAAAGUGUCAGCUCCGCAAACGCAACACCAUUCUGUGCCUCUAAGGAUUUCAAAGACUCCUUGAAAGUUGCCUCGUAGGCGAGUAGUCGGUGAGGGUGUGGUGGUCUUGCCAUUGUAUGUACAUGUAUGUGGGUGUCAUUAUGGCUAAAACAAGAAAUGUUUUCCACAUUAGUUGUAGUGUGUAUGAGUGUUUUCACCCAAUGGUCUUUCCCACCUACAUUGUACAUGGCAGAGUAACCACAGCACAGCAUUGCACAACACUGGCAAAGAUUAUUUGUGAAAAAAACACUCAUUGCUACAUGUAUCAAAUGUCAAGAAACGGACUGGCUUGCAGGGCAUUUGUGUUUUCAAACACGACUUAUCUUAUAUAGGAUUUGAGGCAUUGCAUGAAACAAAGUGAUGAGCAGGUGUCUUCAAACCAUGAUUCUGCGUUUCCAAAUGCAGCUGUUGUUGUUGCAUUGUGGUGUGAUUUUCCAGAAAUCGGAGAGCUUAUUUUGGCUCACUUCUACCUCAAGUGUCCUUUCUUGGUACCCUACAACAUCACCAAGGGUCAGCAGCAAUCAAAUGAAGACUAUUAUAAAUCUCUUGGGUACAACUAUGCGAGUGAUGGGACUAUAGAGAAACAAGACAAAUACUUGAAAAGAAUGUCUGGAUUUAUGCGCCUCUACGCAGCCAUAAUGGUAACACAAACUGUGAAAAACUCCUCUCAGCACCCAUAUGGUAUUGACCACGCAUGGCAAUGGUUGGCACGGUUACUAAAUUUGCAGCCACAGCCGGAUAUCACUGCUACCAUGCUUUUUGAUUUUUUAGAGGUCUGUGGAAACGCUCUUGCAGCAGUGUAUGGUAAGCAGUUUUUUAAGCUCCUGCAAGUACUACAAACAAAUUAUUUCCCAAAGAUUGAAGCAGUGACUCCUAAUGGAUCUGGGGGACCAGUGACAAGACUAAAGACGUUUCUUGAGGUGUGUAUUCAUACACAAAGAAUAUCACCACCAAAAGGCAAACUACAACCAGACUUUUGGAGGACUUAGUGAACGCCCAUGGGCAGUUACAUGUAUAUGUACAUCUUGCGUGGUUUAAAGACACUGGACACUAGAGGUAAUUGUCAAAGACCAGUCU